AUGGCGGAUGCCUCUACAUCGGGAAGAAAAGUAAUUAGUCAAGGAACAUCUGGUUCGAACAUGACUAAAGAUGUCGAUAAACAACCUGAUAAAUUGUUGUCGUCUAGUAAAUCUGUUGCGUCCGAGGGUCGUAAAAAUGAGUCUCGUGGUAAAGUGUCCACUCAGAAAAGUCAACCACCUGAGAAAAUAAAUGACGAAGUCAUUAAAAUUUUGCAAGAACUAAACACUAACGUAACAAAACAAGGUUCUAAACUUGAAAGUUUAUCAAAAAGGGUAGACGAUUUGUAUGUUGAAUAUGAUGAAUAUUGUUAUCCUGACGACAGUUGUAAUGAUGGGUUUCUGACGGUCAUAGCGUCUUGUCCAAUGUCAGCGAGUCUGUCUGACGAUGUGAAAUUUCAAGCCAUACAAAAUGUUGUUGUGAAGGCUGCUAUAAACAUUUCCAAAUUGUUGGAUAAAGAAGGGGAAAAAUUAGAUACCCAGUCAAUUGAAUGGGGCACAAAUGCCCUUGCUUUUGUUGGGCAGUCUAACAAACUCAUUAACAACAAGAGGAAGGAAUGCCAUCGUUCGGAUUUAGAUCCACGAUAUUACCCUUUGACUUCUGCAAGCCUACCGUUUACAGAAAACCUGUAUGGUGAUGAUAUUAACAAAAGUGUGAAGGAUAUCCAGGACAUAAGUAAAAUUGGUAGAGAUGUUGGAAGAAAUCCUUCAUUUAGGCCAUUUGGUAGAAGACGUAGUGGUCGGCCAGGCAUGUUUUCUCGUGGUACUGGCAGAGGUUAUUUUAGGCCAGGUCAUGGUUCUUCAGUCGUUCCACCACCAAAAAAACUCCCGUGUGGGGUACAAGAACAAGUAAAUCAGUUUAGUUGGUCGAACAGUACAGAAACUGAGAGAAGACAAAGGGGAAAUGAUACUGGUGGCACCUCUUUGGAUAACACAGUAUUGGUAUCCAGCAGUAAUGCAGUUGUUAAUAGAAGUACCUUAUGUUUUGAAAGUGACUACAGACACACUUAUCUGUCAAAUACAAAGAAAGUUCAUCCACUAGUAGGUCAUCUACACUUAAUGGUAUGUCGUUUGUCAGGGAAUUGUUCCAAAGUAGACAGAUUUCAUCAGAGUCUACCGACAUCAUCAUGGCAUCGUGGAGACAUUCCACCAAAAAACAAUAUUCAUCGUAUAUCCACAAAUGGGUGGAAUUCUGUAGUAAAAGGAAAAUUGAUAAAUUUCAAGUUACUGUAG